GAUUUUAGCAAAUCAAGGACCAGUUUCACAAGUUUCAUUAAAAUCAUAACUCUCCGAUUUUGAUAGUCCAAGUUGUAAUCUUCAGAUGACUCUUAGCCUCCUUAUUUGUGGUUCUCCAGUGUCCUCGUUAUCUCAAAAUCUCCCAUUUUAACGCUUUGCAACACUCUUUACUCCUGUUUACCCCACCAAUAAUUUCCCAACUUGGCAAAAAUAGCAUGAUACCCUAAACCUCCCUCUAAAACCCAUCAUCUUGCUUGUUUUUAUUUGGGUUUUUUCUUAUCUCUGAGAAAAUUUGAAUUAUUUCAAUGGCGUCUAUGUCAAGAUGCGUGUUAAAAGACUGUAAAUUUCAGCUUAAUGAUGCUGUUUAUUACAGACCCAAUUCUUAUUUUUCUUCAAGAAAUGUCCAAUCUCAUUUGGAUUUUAGACAUGGAUUAUCUUCACCUGAAACUCAAAUGACUUGUCUUGCUACUUCCCAAAAGAAGUCAUUGAAUCCUAUUGUUGUUCACCCUUCAAGGUGUAGGAGUUCCUUAUUUCUGUGCAAGGCAGCAACAGACUACUCUGGAGAUGUUCCCAGCAGUGUCGUAAAGGAAAUGAGUCAGUAUGAGAAGAUUAUUGAGGGUUUGACAACUUUGUUUCCUGUCUGGGUCAUACUGGGAACACUUAUUGGCAUCUAUAAACCUGCUGCGGUAACUUGGUUAGAAACAGAUCUUUUUACUCUUGGUUUGGGUUUCCUCAUGCUUUCAAUGGGAUUGACUUUAACAUUUGAUGAUUUUAAACGGUGUUUGCGGAAUCCAUGGACUGUCGGAGUUGGUUUCUUAGCACAAUAUAUGAUCAAGCCUAUGCUGGGGUUCUUAAUUGCAUUGACUUUGAAAUUGUCCGCACCUCUUGCGACUGGUCUGAUUCUUGUUUCAUGCUGCCCUGGAGGCCAGGCAUCAAAUGUUGCAACCUAUAUAUCAAAAGGAAAUGUUGCACUCUCAGUUCUUAUGACAACGUGUUCAACCAUUGGAGCUAUUAUUAUGACUCCACUUCUCACUAAGCUUCUAGCUGGCCAACUGGUCCCUGUUGAUGCAGCUGGUCUGGCUCUGAGCACUUUCCAGGUUGUCUUGGUACCGACAAUUAUUGGAGUCCUGGCGAAUGAAUUUUUCCCCAAGUUUACUGCAAAGAUCAUCACAAUAACACCUCUGAUUGGAGUGAUCCUCACUACCUUGCUUUGUGCUAGUCCUAUUGGACAAGUUGCAGGUGUCCUGAAAGCACAAGGACCGCAGCUGAUUCUGCCAGUUGCACUCUUGCAUGCUGCUGCCUUUGCAAUUGGUUACUUUGUCUCCAAAUUAUCAUUCGGUGAAUCCACUUCUCGUACUAUAUCUAUAGAAUGUGGGAUGCAGAGUUCUGCACUCGGGUUUCUGCUGGCUCAAAAACAUUUCACAAACCCACUUGUUGCUGUCCCUUCUGCUGUGAGCGUGGUUUUCAUGGCGGUCGGUGGUAGUGCUCUCGCUGUUUACUGGAGAAACAUGCCCAUUCCUGCUGAUGACAAGGAUGAUUUCAAGGAAUAGAGAAAUCUAUCUCAUUAUAAAUCAGAGGAGUCUUUUUCUUUGUCGAAAAUGGCCAAAUCUAGGAGCCAUUUUUUUCCACAUUCCAUUAAUUAUUCCGUCGAGAAUAAUGAAUUUUGUUUAGGUAAAAUUAUUUAAUUAAUAUUAGGUACUCGAAAUCGAAAUGGUGAUGUUGUUCCUUUGCUUCUUCCUCCCAUUCCCCUCAUUGCGUUUUGAGAUUUCAAAGUAGGGGGUGAAGAACAAGUUCACAACUUUCACCUCGAGAUUGAAAUUAAAUGAUAUUGGAGUACUUCUCUUGUAUUUUUGACCCAUUGCUUACAAAGUUUUGUCAAAUUCUAA